CGACGUACUCCCGCCAUGAGUGGGCGAUAAUAUGAUUUGAAAAACAAAAUGAAAAGUAAAGACCCAAAAAUUGAUUUAACGAGGCAGUAUAGACUUGCACACCAGACACUCUGCAUCACAGGCUUCAAUUUCAAUACCAAGUCGUAUGUGGGCUAUACUGAGUUGACAAUCCAUCCAUUAAGGCAGGAUCUCAGAAGAAUAAAACUCAACUGUAAACAAUGCAAAAUCUACAGAGUUAGUGUCAAUGACAAAUGGGAGAUCCCCUUCCUCUAUAAUGACCCCACAUUAGAAGCUGUACAGGGGGAAGGAAAAACGCGUAAUCUGGACACAUACAUGAAUGCAUACAAUGAUGCUGUAUGUAGUGUUGAUGCCAGUGUCGGGAGUGGAGAGAUCACACUCAGGUUGCCAAAUGAGGCCUUUCCCAUUGUAGCAGAAAUGCAGCCCAUUAGGCUAAUCCUAGAGUUUUCACUUGAGGAACCCAGUAGUGGUGUCCAGUGGGUGGUUCCUGAAGGGGAAGGGAGCCUUGCUGAGAAUAGUGCUCAUAUGUUCACUUACAGACUGGAGAAUGCAGCUAGGUUGUGUUUCCCAUGUAUCGAUAGUUUUGCCGAGCCUUGUACAUGGAAAUUGGAGUUUACGGUUGACUGUGAUAUGAUAGCUGUAUCUUGUGGGGAUCUGGUAGAUACUGUUUAUACACAAGAUAUGCGUAAGAAGACAUACCAUUACUACCUGUCUACUCCAACCUCUGCUUUCAAUAUUGCAUUUGCAGUUGGACCAUUUGAGGUACUAGUUGACCCAAAUAUGCAUGAAGUGACUCAUUUCUGUCUGCCUCACUUGAAACCCUUACUGCAGCACACCACAGCAUUUCUACACGAGGCAUUUGAGUUCUAUGAGGAGUUGAUGUCCAUACGUUACCCCUACAGUUGCUACAAGCAGGUAUUUGUGGACCAGACAUAUGAUGAUGCACAAUCUUUUGCAACUCUAACAUUCUUAAGUUCAAAUCUGUUGCAUUCCUCCCGCAUCAUUGACCAGACCUACCUAUCGCGUAGCAUCAUGGCUGAGGCAAUCGCCAGGCAAUUCUUUGGUACAUUCAUCACCAUGGAUACUUGGUCAGAUGCUUGGUUGCCAAAAGGAAUAUCAUUAUACCUUGCCUCUCUGUUUGUGAAGAGAUUCUUUGGAACCAAUGAAUACAGAUACCACAUUUAUGAAGAGCUGCAGUCUGUGAUUGACUAUGAGCAGAAUGUAUGUGGUAUCGUGCUGGACCCAUCCUCCAGUCUUGAGCAUUGUACAUAUUUCCCGAUACGCCACCCACACACUAUCUCACCCAGGUACGCCCAAAUGAUGGAGAAGAAGGCUCAUCUUGUUAUACGCAUGUUGGAGCUUAGAAUUGGACCAGAAUUACUUACACAGGUUUUUAACAAAUUGUUGUCCCUAGCAACAAAUGCAUCAACACAAAAGACCAAUUAUGACCUUUGGGGACAUAUGCUGCUCUCAACAUCUUCCUUUCUGAGGGGAAUCUCCACUGUUACAGGGAAAGAUGUGCAAGUUUUCAUCGAUCAAUGGGUGUGUCAGAGUGGAUGUCCCAAGUUCAGCGGGAAUUUUGUAUUCAACAGGAAGAGGAACGUUGUAGAACUUGAGCUGAAGCAGGACAUCUCUAGUCCUGGAGAUCUGAAAUAUGUUGGCCCCCUUACAAUGACCAUACAAGAGCUGGAUGGAUCCUUCAAACACACAUUCAAAAUAGAGGAGAAUAAAACAAAGUUUGAAAUUACAUGCCACUCUAAAAGCAGAAGACAAAAGAAGAAGAAAAUCCCAUUAAUGACUGGUGAGGAGGUUGACAUUGACUUGAGUUUCAUGGAUGCUGAUUCGCCAGUUCUUUGGCUGAGGCCUGAUGGGAAUAUGGAGCUCUUGCGCAAGGUAGUCUGGGAACAGCCUGACUUUAUGUGGCAGUACCAGCUAAGACAUGAGAGAGAUAUUAUAGCCCAGCUGGAGGCUAUCAAUGCACUAGAAGGCUACCCUACCCCUGCAACACGCAUGGCACUUACUGACUGUAUUGAGAAUGAGCAAUGCUUCUACAGGGUGCGACAGUCUGCAGCUAAAUGUCUAGCUAAGGUAGCCAAUGCUAUGUCCAUCAACUGGGUUGGGCCACCUGCUAUGAUACAGAUCUUCCAAAAGAUGUUUGGAUCCCACGCUAACAAGAACAUUGUACGUCUCAAUAACUUCACCCAUUUUCAACAGUACUACAUACAAAAGAGUAUACCUGUUGCUAUGGCAUCAUUGAGGAAUGUCCACAACAUCUGCCCACCUGAGGUUGUUAGGCUUAUUCUUGACCUUGUCAAAUAUAAUGAUAAUGGCAAAAAUAAGUUUGAUGACAACUAUUACAAAGCUUCAUUGAUAGAUUCCUUGGCUGAUACUAUCACCCCUGCAGUGGCCAUGUUAGCACUUCCUGGACAAGGCCCCAGUGUUAAUUCAUUGGGAAGUGAAACUCGUGCUAUCGUAGAAGAAGUUGUACGGAGCCUCAAUCUGGAGAAACUCUUGCCUUGCUAUGGUCUUGUUGUUUCUAUCAGUUGUUUGAAGGCUUUGAGGAAGUUGCAGAAAUUUGGCCACCUUCCCAGUGAUAUCUCAAUCUUCAAGGCCUACACAGACAAAGGAAUCUUCAAACUACUUCGUUUAGAGGCAUUCAAGGCAGUUGUGGAUUAUGUCCAUGUUGAGGAAAGUGAGAAGGAGCUCCAAGAACUAUUAGAUGUUGUAGAAUAUGAUCCCGAUCCCCAUAUAAGACAUAGUGUCGUGAGAUUUCUGAUUGAGAAGCCUCCAUUUGCACGCAACAAGAAGCACAAACUGAACACAGAGUACCUGGUUGACAGACUAUGGGGACUAAUGAAUGCUAAGGUGUCAUCUGACACGAGACUGAGAUGUGACAUAGCUGACCUUUACUACACACUGUAUGGAAGACAUAGACCUGUAUGUCUCCCUAUACCUGAGAAUGUAAUGGUAUUGAAUCUGAAGAAGAAAACAACUCAAAUGAAUGCAAGUUUAUUGGAGGCAUCUGAGGAGGAGCUUCUGGAAGAUUUAGGUGGAAGAUACAGUCCUUACAGGGAGACUUCUCCUGUUAGAAGUGGCAUUAAGAGACGUGCAAGCUCCCCUCUCUCACCUGUGCAACGACCCCCACCCCCUGGAGAAUCUCAAUCGCAUCAAGAUGAUAUGAGUGCUUUCUCAUUUAAGGAUGUUAAUAUGGAUAGAGCUCCUCUUAGACUCUCUAGCCCAGACUCGUCACCACUCAAGUCUCCCCCUACUGGAUUUGCUUCAGAGUACAUGAAGUUUGCUGGGGUGAGUGAGAUUAUGCCUCCUAUGUUUGAGCAGAAAUCACCUCCCAUCCCUGCUGGACUUCCACUUGUCUCUCCUCCCAUAAUGACAUCAAAUAUAGAUAUCCAAGAAGAGGUCAUAAUUAUGGAUGAUGACAGUAGAUCAAGCUUCACUGAAUCGCAGCGAAUAAAAUCUGAAAAAUCCAGCCAAGAUUCCCACCACCCUGAUAAACAUGAUAGCUCUAGUUCAAAACAUCAUAAGAAAAAGAAAAGGAAAGACAAGCAUAAGAAACACAAAAAGCAUAAGCAUAAACAUGAUAAGCACAAACUGAGCGACACAGAUAAAAAAUCAGAGAAUAUAAGUUCUGGGACAAGUACGCCUGUAGGUACAAGCCAGAGACUGUCACCUCCCAGUUCCCCUGAUUUCCAAGUCAUAUAAUCUAAUGUGUAAUUUAUAUAUUAAACAAUACUGUCUAUUUUGCUGGCAAAAUUCAUUUAUAUGACCUUAUGUGACAUCUGUUUAGAUGAUUACUGUGGACUUGAGCUACUUAUGUCCAUGGUAAUAUUGACUAAUUUUUAUGUCACCACUAGAAGUGGUGA